CCGGAGUCCAGUAGAAUCUGAUAUACCAUGUUCUAUGGGGAGCUGUUCGAUGCAUUUGGUGACCUAUUAGUCGGGUACGGUGACCUAUUCGAUGCUGCUGCAAGAAGUAUGCCGUCUGCUGGAUUAUCCUGGUGGUGGCCGCCGUGGGCGUGACUCUGGGCCUGGUCUUCGGGCUCCGCGGCAAGACGGAGGAGCCGCGGCGCAUGGGCGCCGUCGCCUCGAACGGCGUCGGAUGCGCCGAGGUGGGUGGCACCAUCCUGGACAUCGGAGGCUCCGCUGCGGACGCCGCCAUAGCCACCAUGCUAUGCGAAGGCGUGAUGCUGCCCCACAGCUUGGGCGUCGGCGGUGGCUUCGUGGCCACGAUCUACUCCAAGGAGACGGGCUUCAUUGAGACGCUCGUUGCCCGGGAAACGGCUCCUGCGGCUGCCACCCAGGACAUGUUCGUGGGCAAGGAGAUCACGGGCGCUCUGUCCUGCGCCGUUCCCAGCGAGAUCUACGGCUAUUCCAAGCUGCACGACAAGUACGGCCGGCUACCGUGGAAGACCCUCUUCCAGCCGACCAUCGAGCUUUGUCGGCGGGGCAUCCUCGUCUCCAGAUACCUGGCCGGAGUCCUGCAGCGCGAGGAGGAGCGCAUCCGGAGCGAACCCUCUAUGGCCGAAAUCUUCAUCAAUCCGAAAACGGAUGAGGUCUACAAGCAGGGCGAGAUCAUGUACCGCCAUGCCCUGGCCGAAACCCUCGAGAUAAUCGCCGAUGAGGGUGCUCAGGUGAUCUACGGCGGCGGACGGGUGGGCAGGAAGCUGGUCGAGGACAUCCAGGCGAUGGGCGGCAUCAUCACCGAAGACGACCUGCAGAAAUACGAUGUUCGCUGGGAGCUGCCGCUGCACUCGCGGUUCAAUGGCGGCUACGAGCUGUUCACCUCGCCACUGCCCACCAGUGGAGCCGUCCUGACCUUCAUCCUGAACGUGAUGGAGCCGCUGUACACGAGCAACACGGACAAAUACUGGCAGCGGCUGAUCGAGACGUUCAAGCAUGCGUAUGGGCAUCGCACCAACUUGGGGGACAUCCACUACGAGCCGGAUGUGCAGGAGAUCUACGAGAACCUCGUCGAUCCGUCGUUUGCGGCGGAGAUCCGCCAGCUGAUCCUGGACGACAGGACCUUCACGAAUAUGUCAUACUACGGCGCCAACUUUGCCAACGAAGAGGAUCACGGAACGGCGCACAUCUCCGUUUUGGCGCCCAACGGCGACGCCAUUUCGGUGACGAGCACCAUUAAUAGUCACCUGGGUGCCAAGGUGAGGUCCCGCCAAACCGGGUUCAUACUCAACGACGAGAUGGACGACUUCAGCACGCCGGGAAAGAUCAAUGCGUAUGGGAUACCCGCCAGUCCGGCGAACUUCAUCAAGCCGGGCAAGCGACCCAUGUCCUCCACCUGUCCCAGCAUCGUUCUGGACACCCACGGCAAUGUCAAGCUGAUUGUGGGCGGCGCUGGGGGCUCCAAGAUCACCACCUCGGUGGCCCAGACCAUCCUGCGCUACUUUGUGCUCAACGAACCGAUCGAAAAGGCGGUUAACGCGGGCCGACUGCAUCACCAACUGGCACCCAUGCACAUCGACAUGGAGCCGAGUGUUCCGCGGCACACGGUUGCCUACUUGCGGGCCAUCGGUCACGACAUCCGGUUCCUGGAGGACGACAAGGCCUACUCCGCCCAGACGGCCAUCGGAAUCCUGGGCAGCGAGCCGCACCCCGUCUGCGAUCGAAGAAGAGUGGGCAGUGCGGUGGUCGUGGAGCCGGAUCGCUUCGAUUAGGCCCAAAAAGGAGGAGGGGGGCUCAUCUCAUCCAGCUCCUGGAAAACCAGCGUGGGAACUGUUUCCGCUACACUUGUUCGUUUAUAAGCCACUUUACUGUAGGAGUUCGUUUGUAAUGAGAUUUUUGUUUGUUUACCAUUAAAAUUGAUUGUUUAUAGGAUAACUGAAA